UACCCAGCCCGAUUAAUAACGAUAAUAGAGUGAAAAAAUGCAGUGCCCAGCCCAGCCGUGAACCACUGAACCCCAUACCCAAUUCAAAGUCACACACACACCGUGCCCAGUUUCCGCGACGCCACCUCCGCCGGCGCUCCCUACCGGCUCCGUCUUGAGGCUCCGGCCAUCUUUCUCAUCCCUUCUUCGGUUUCGCGUUCAAUUCAGAUUUAGAUAUGAUCACGACGGAGCUUGUGUUGUGAUACUGGUUUUUCUAAUUUGUGUUACAUUACCUCAACUGGUAAAGGAAACGUUUAUAAAGGAAAAUGGGUUCUAUUCCGAAAAGACCUUUAUUUUGUCUCAAGCUACCAUGGGAUGUGAAUCAAAAUUCUAAAAGUCCUAGUGACUGCAGUUUUGAGGCUCCUUGGCUAUUUAGAUCUCUGCAAAAUGUGGGUUCCAUGGCUUUUAAGUUCAUCAACUCAAUUUCAAAAUCCUCAGAUCCCUUGACAAAUAACUUCAAACACUUUCAAUUUAAUGCUGGAACUGGAACCAGCCAAAGUAGGACUUUACAGUCGAAGCUAAACUUGAAUCCUGAAGAGCAAGGAGAGGCAGAGCAAAGAGCAUUUGCAUCAGCACUAGCAAGUUGUAAAGAAGCUACAGUAAUCGAGUUCUACUCCCCCAAGUGCAGGCUGUGUAAUUCCCUGGUGAAUUUUGUUAUGGAAAUUGAGGCUAGGAAUUCAGACUGGAUGAACAUUGUGAUGGCAGAUGCAGAGAACGAUAAAUGGCUCCCCGAGCUCCUCCAUUAUGACAUUAGAUAUGUGCCUUGCUUUGUACUGCUUGACAAGAAAGGGAGGGCACUAGCAAAGACCGGCAUUCCGAGCAGUCGGCUACAUGUAAUAGCAGGUCUCUCUCAUCUCCUCAAAAUGAAACCUCCUCAAUGAGCUAGUAGUAGUAGUAGUAGUAGUUAGGUUUAGUAUAAUAUCUACUGUACAACUAUUCUCAUACAUCCAUGUCAUGUUCAACAUGUCUGUUAGAUCACCAUUCAGUUUUCUAUUCAUUUGAUUUGUAUAAACCAGUGUGUUCCCAUCAGAGCAUGGAUUAUGUUGAUUUGCUAUUGCAUUUUACGCUUUCAGCAUACAA